CGCAGUGCGCGCCGCCGCCGCCAUGAACCCCCUGACGAAGGUGAAGCUGAUCAAUGAGCUGAACGCGCGGGAGGCGGAGCUGGGCGUGCAGGAGGCGGUGUCGUGGCACGCGGAGUACAAGGACAGCGCUUGGAUCUUUGUGGGCGGGCUGCACUACGAGCUGACGGAGGGCGAUGUCAUCUGCGUGUUCUCGCAGUACGGAGAGAUCGUCAACAUCAACCUCGUGCGGGACAAGAAGACCGGCAAGUCCAAGGGCUUCUGCUUCCUGUGCUAUGAGGACCAGAGAAGCACCAUCCUGGCUGUGGAUAACUUCAAUGGGAUCAAGAUCAAGGGCCGGACCAUCCGCGUGGACCAUGUGGCCAACUACCGGCCCCCCAAGGAGUCCGAGGACUGGGAUGAGGUGACCAGAGCCCUCCAUGCCAAGGGCUGCGGCGUCAAAACGCCACCUCACACCUCGUCCGACUCCCCGUCUGAGGAUGAAGAUGUGCCCGUGAAAAAGCAGAAAGAGAAGCAGCGGAGCAGAGCAGAGCGGUCAAAGUCGAGCCCACAAGCUGGGAAGCGGGUGAGCACGGAGGAGCCCCAUCCCAGGAUCAGGAUCAAGAAGGAGAAGGAGGACCCCGGGUACGAGCGCUACGCUGGCGGGAGCGGCGACAGGAACGCCGGCAGCAGGACGCAGCGGGAGGAGGAGCAACGGCGGCACCAGCGGCACUCGGACAGGAGAGGGGACAAGAACUGCCACCAGCAGAGGGGCCACAGCGGCUCCUGGGAGGAGCGGGAGAAGAAGGACGAGGCUGGCAGGAGGGGAGAUGGGCGCAGCGGUCGGCAAGACGCAUCCCCCAGGGGCAGCAAGUCCCGGGAGCCGCACUCCAGGCACAGGGAGCGGGGCUCUGGCAGAGACUCCGGCCGCUGCUGAGCCCUUUGGGGUGAGGGAGGCCCUGGGCCUGCCCAAACCCGCUCCGAGCUCCUGGGAUGCCACGGCUGGACCUUUCACCUGGGAGCUUCCCCUUGCCUCUCAUCCCGCCCUGGGCCAGGGCUCUCCACGCUGCCCGUGCUGCUGGCUGGGACAGGGGUUUGUCCUUCGACCAGGGAGGGUGUCAGGUGGAGAAGGCUGGGAGCAGCAGGAUGCGCCCCUUCCCUAAAUCCCUGGGGCGGUGUCUUCCUCUUGCCCUGGGGGCAGAGGCUGCUGGGUGUCUUGUCUGGCCUCCUGGGACAGGUUUGGGCCCUGUGCCCACCCAGCAUCUUCUGGAUUCCAUGAUGUAUCCACUGGGCUGCACCGUUGUGUCGGGGUGAUUUAUCAUGGAUUUGUUUAAAGGUUUCUUAAUAAAAGUUCCUGU